AUGGAUUUCUGCUCGGAGUCAACGAGGGUGCCAUUCCAGACCGGGAUGAGCGCGGAAGAGCAGAUUGAUGAAGAAAUGACAGAUAUAGAUGAGACAGAAUGGGAAUAUAGAGAUGAUUUGGGGGAGUCUGAUACUGCUAAUUUUACCAAUGAGUUUGGGACUCUUAUGAACAUUGACGACUACGCGGAAGAGCAAGACAACAUGGAUGUCGACAUUGCCUAUCCCGCUGCCGGCGAUAAUGAUUCCAACGGCAGCCUGGCACCCACGUCAGACGUGGACGAUGAUGAUGUGACGGAGAUGAUACUCGACCAUGACGAAGGCGAAGCCAGUGGUCGAGAAGAGACCGACAUUGCGGAUUCUCGUGAAACUGUCAUCUCUUGGCUGUCGAGUGUCCCCACAGCAAACAGCUCGUCGGGGCCCAAUGUUACAGAUACCGGCAUAUUAAUUGACUCAAACGGUUCCACAGACCGGGCCGAAGAACAGCACAGACAGCCACAGAGCGAGAAUGUGGAAAGGCGAAGGCUUCGCCGGAUACGCCCAUUGCGAAGAUCAUCUUCCGUAGCAAAUCUGUCGGUGGCUUCAAGCUCACCUUGGAGCUUGUCAGCUGUGUUGCGGGUGGAAGACAAGCAAAUCACCCCUGGAACAAUGAUUUAUACCAUGAUUUCUAUCGCAUUAGAAUUUACUAUCGUCCAUGCGGUGGAGUUGAACAAUGUCUUGGAAACCUGUCAGAGCAAGGAUCCAAAUAUGGACAUAUCCUCGCAUGAUGUCAUACACAAGUUUCGACAGAUUCUUUGGGAGUCGCUAGCGGAGAUGAAUACUUCUGCCGACUACGUCCAGCUGAUCAUCGGCACUUUGAGCAGGCUGCGUCCAACCGACGAGAUUGUCAGCUAUUUCAAUACGCCUUUGCGGCAUUCGAUCAUUCACACCUGUAUCCGGCGCUUGCAAGACGAACACCGAGACGCAAAGAUCAGGGCAAAGAGGAAGGAGCCUGCAAAAUUUUGCUCAAUCGAGCACUAUACAGUUUUCAGAAUGGAAGAGUUGCGCAUUCUUUGUGAGAUGCAAAAGCGCAACAUAAAGUUGAGGCGUGAACAGAUUGACGCAGCUUGGAGAAAGGCGCACAAGCGAUCGGAACUUCAUCCGGAAAGUCCUUCUGAACUGCUUCGAGAGCAGAUGAGACCAGCUGGAAAGACGUUGUUCUUCGAUGAUCUCAUCGACAAGUCGAAGGCUGAGCCGACGCAAGAGAAGUGCGAGAGAUUGGGAGCGUACUUCAGCAUGGGUGCAGAGCAAAAGAUGAAGUUGAUUGGCUCUGUGAGCAAUGUGCUUGUCGAACUCUGUGACAUGGCGGGCUGUUACCGUUGCGAGCUCAGCCCCUCUCUCCGCCAGCGCCUGCGGAACAGCGGUCUCACUGAAGCGCAACUGAGAGACGUCGAUGAGUGUAGAUACCUCAAGGAAGUCUUCUCCAAAGAGAUGGAGAGACUCGAAGCCGGUCAGCGAGACUGGAUCAAAAGGACGUCAGACGUGUCCGAAGCCGAACGGUGA